AUGUGGUUGUGUCACAACAUGGUCAAGUUACUCCGACAGAUUCUCUUUAAAGUGGUUGGCAAAUUAUUUUGUGUAAAGCAUUUGGCCAUUAUUAUGGAUGGAAAUAGGAGAUGGGCUAGGAUUAUGAACUUGCCUCUAAAGGAAGGUUGGUCUCAUGGAAUAUGGAAGCUUUAUGAGAUAAUAGAAGUAGCCUCGGAACUGGGAAUUGAAAAUGUAUCUGUAUUCGCCUUCUCUAUGUUGAAUUUCCAGAGGGUAGAAAGCGAAUUGAAUGAAUUAGAUGAGAUAAGUAUUAGGACACUUACCAAACCCGAUCAGAUUAUGAGAUUGGCUAGGCAGUAUAACAUUAGAAUUUUUGCAUGUGGUGACACAAAGUAUUUACCUAAGAAGGUGCGAAAUGCUGUGAGGAUGAUAGAGAAAGAAACAUGUAAAAACUCAAAAAUGAUUCUCAACUUGUGCGUAUCAUACGGCGGAAGGAACGAGAUUAAGAGGAGCUUAAAGAGGGUUGGAAAGACUACUAGCAAAAAUAAACUAAAUGAUAUCGCAUUGAAACGUCUUUUUUGGAAAAAUCUAUACACUGGACACUCUCCUAGACCAGAUAUACUCAUUCGCACUUCCGGUGAAAACAGGAUAUCUGAUUUCAUGAUCUAUCAGGUAUCAGAGUUUACUAGUAUAUAUUUUCACCAAAUGCUAUGGCCUGAAUUUAGAAUAUCAUCACUAAUCGCCAUACUAGUACAUUAUACAGUUUUUAAAGUUUAG